AUGCCGACCUGUGUUGUCGACAAUUUCACGGCGUACGAACAAGGUGCAUAUGUUGUGGUGGCAGCCAUCGGUUGUCCCGAAGACAGCUUUCCAACUGCGAAUGCUACAUUGGCAAGGGUCACGACGGAUCUCAGGGAGGGAGGUGACCCACAGGAGUGUGAAGGCGUGGAAAAUUCGACCGUCGUCUGCAACAAUGGUACUGCGGGCGGAAACGGAACUUCGGGGGAAGCGCGGCUGAAGACAACGAGAAAUCGAGGCGAAGCGAGUAGCUCCCAAUACGCGUACCAGAAAAUCCACAAAGGACGACGGUAUCUUGGCGUCGAGCCUGCAGAUGGAGAACAUGAUCUUUAA